AUGGCCUCUCUUAAAUUGGAUCGAGAAUUUUUUAUAUCUAUAACCAGACCACCGGAGAUUAGAAAUGAUGACGAUAUAGAUCGCAUUUCUUCCAGUCUUUCAAGUUUAGAUGUCCUAAAACGUUAUCCCCGCCUUACCUUGAGAUCGAUGUGUGAAACUAUGAGAUAUGAAAUUCACCAAGCCAAUUACGUUUUAUACAGUUUUGGAAAAAUCGCCGAAAAUACACGAGGGAAACGUGGCACUCAAUGCAUCACGUUGGAACAAUCAGAAUUGUUGGUUAUUGUAGAUUUUUCAGAUGUCAGUUUAUUAUUACCUGAAAAGUACUUCGUCAUGCCUCCUUAUCAGAAUGCAAAUGAAAUUUCAGGAGAGAAAACUAUUGUAAGUCCAAAUAAUUUUCGACUGUCACCUAUUAAGCAGCCUAAUAUAAAUUAUGAGUCCAGCCAGAAUGAUUACUAUGAUGAAUAUGAUUCUCUAAGUGGAAUAUCAAAUUCUGAUGGAGAUGAAGAUCUUUUGCAAUCAACUGAAUCGUUGAGUGGUAGUCAAGAUUAUGUGAGGGAUAUUUUGGAAAAAAAACCUGUAGAAAGAACAAAUGCCGAUCUUGAUAUCCUACAGGAGUUUUUGCAGCGUUUCAAGGCAUUUGCUAGCAUGCCACAGCUAAUUUUAAGAGAUAUGUGUGCUGUCAUGUACUUUGCUGUUGUUGACAAGGCAGGGACGAUCGUUCUGAAGGAUAAAGAAAAGCUGGAUUCUUGGUCAGUAAUACUUAACGGAUCGGUGACUGUUCAAAGGAAUGGAAAUGAUUCAUUUGUAAUGAACGCUGGAGACAGUUUCGGCGUAGAACCUGUGACUUAUGACAUGUUCCAUGACGGCAUAAUGCUUACGCGAAAAGACGAUUGUCAGUUUGUUUGCAUUGAACAAGAGAAGUAUUGGAAGAUAAUAAGCAAGAAAGAAGAAAAUAUUCAAAGAAUUGAAGAGAACGGGGUACUAGUAACGGUUGCUGAGCUUCGUCUAACUGAAAAUGGGAGUCAUAAGGAUUGGAUUAUUUUAAGAGCUACUCCCAAAAAGCUUUUAGAACACUUGAUUGCUGAUCAUUCGUGUUUAGAAGAGACUUACAUUGAAGACUAUUUAUUGACAUAUCGAACUUUCAAUCAAGAGGCGUCUGGGAUUUUUAGCAAUUUAUUUGAAUGGUUCAAAGAUAAGACUCUCCAUGAUAAGGUUGUUAAAAUUGUUAUCAAAUGGCUGGAAUAUGUCCAUGAAGACUUUGAUCGAAAUAUUAUGUUGCAAAAGUAUCUUGAAAAUUUCACAAAGCAGGUUGAAUCACAGAACUUAUUUGGACUAUUACGACAACUGGAGAAUGUAAUUGUUUCUAAAGCUCAUUUUCGGACCAUUGUGUUUGACCGGUUAUCCAAGGAUAAGCCUCCUGGAUUUAGUGUAAUGGGUGGGAAAGAAUUUGCAACGGGAUUAUUUGUUUCUAAUGUUGAGCCUUAUUCAAAAGCAGACGAACUUGGACUCAAAAUCGGUGAUCAGCUUUUAGAAAUAAAUGGCCAGCGAUUAACAAAUUUGCCUUUGAUGAAGGCUAUGGAAAUCAUAAAUAAGAGCUCACAUCUGACUUUGAAUGUCAAGUACUGCAUCACCGGUCUAAAGGAAGCAGUAAACUGUAGUGUUACUUCGGAGCGAUUAAAUAUAGCUCCUGGCUCGGCGCUGCCGUAUUCCGAAAUCGCUAGAAACUUUGAUCAAGAAUGUAUUGGAUCGUAUGAAAAAUCAAUUACUGGCACUGUAGCCGCUGAAGUCCCCGGUAAUCCAUUGAAUACUGGCAAGAAAGUUUCUAGUAAAAAGGUAACAACUAAUAAAAUAGUCCAACCAGGUAAUUACCGCAUGGAUAGUUCUGGUAAGGAUUCGGAAGAUCAAGAUAGCAGUAAAAGGACUUCAAAUGUGUCGGUGGCUUCUCCAAGCGAUGCAGAUAGUUUGCCAAGUCGUGAUAGUGACUCACACGGUGAUCAAGUUUUAAAAAUUUAUCGGGCAGAUCAGUCAUUUAGAUACCUAAUGAUUUCGAAGUAUUCCGAUAACAGAACUUUUGUUUCGUUAAACAAGACACAUACAGUUGCCAUGGUCGUCAAGCUUGCAGUUGAAAGUUUUGGAUUGAAUGUUUCUUUGGAGAAUUGUGCGUUGUUCGAUGUAACUGUAGCUGAAUCAGAGUUUAUACGACAGAGAAGGCUUCCAGAUUCAAUGACAGAUUUAGCAAAUAAGAUAUCGUUAAAUGGCAGGUACUAUUUAAGAGAUAAUUAUACUACAGAAAGUCUGUUAUCGCCUGAAGCUGCAGCGGAGUUGGUGAAAGAAGUUAAUGUUUGCUUUUUACAGCUACAGUCUGAAGUUCUAGCCCAUGAAAUAACCCUUAGAGAUUUAGAACUGCUAAGUAGUAUUUGCCCUAGCGAAUACAUUGCUGAUAUUUUCAAACUGAAUAAAGAAGAUUAUUUUGCUGUCCCAAAUCUCAGAAAGUUCACGGAGAUUGCAAAUCAGGAGAUGUUCUGGGUAGUUACUGAAGUUCUAUCCGAAGUCAAUGUUACGAAAAGGAUGAAGGUCAUCAAAAGAUUUAUUAAGAUUGCGCGUUUCUGUAGAGAAUAUAAAAACUUCAACACCCUCUUUGCCGUUUUGAGUGGAUUGAGUCAUGGAUCAGUCUCAAGGCUUAAAAAUACUUGGGAUCGGCUGCCUAGCAAAUACUUAAAAAUUUUUGAAGAUAUGAAAGGCUUGAUGGAUCCAUCAAGAAAUAUGUCCAAGUAUAGAAACCUUGUUAGCAGUGUCUAUUGUCCUAUUAUUCCAUUUUUUCCGGUUGUGCUGAAAGAUCUAUCGUUUUUACAUCUUGGAAAUGAAAGUGUAAUCGAUGGUUUGCAGAGUGCAAGUUCACAUAGCGAUCAUAUCACUAAUAGUCUAAAUAUGAGUAGCAAUAUUUCCAUGCAGGGCGGUAUAAGACGUUGGGGAAAGAAGCAGCCGUCCGUCAUGAAUCCAAAGAGACUGCAUGAAGAGAACUUAAUGGUUCGGCGCGUUCGUAAAUACUUAGAAGAAGCAAAAAUAGUAACAGAUGAAGAUCAGCUCGACAUGAUGUCUUGUGCUUGCGAACCUAUCUCAAAUCCGAGUAGUGGUUUAAUGCCUAGCCAACCGAAACGUAGAUUGACAAUUGCAAGCCUGCAAGGUUCGCCAUAUAAUGGUAGAAGAAAUAGCGACAAGACUGAAGAAGUCACGCUCAUUGGUAAUAGAAAAGCUGAUAUUUCUUCACAAGAUUUUGGCUCAGAUAGCUCUGAAGAUGAUUCGAUACAAGGUUUUCAUUUAUGUCAGCAUAUUGAUCCAAGCUUAUCAGAUGUUGUUGGAAAAGCAAAUCCAGCCAAAGCUGUAGAUCUGAAAUCGUACGAAAGAUAUCCAUCCAUACGUAGGGCUCUAACUGUUGAUUCUACUUCAACAAGUCUUCGAUCAGAUGCAGGAGUAAUUGGAGAUGAAGAUGAAGCUUCUGCGGUCUAA